AUUUCUUCCUUACAAAAACCCUAACCCCCCUUAUCCUCUCCGCUCCGCUCCUCUCCUCUCCUCCCUCUAUCUCGGCCCGCGUCUCUCCCAUGGAGCCGGCGCUCGCCACGACUCUGGGCGCGUCCUCGGUGGCGGCGCUGCGCCCGCGCGCGGCUAGAGCCUCCGCCCUGACCUCGGUCGCCCCGCGGGCGGCGAGGUGCGCCAGGGCGGUGAGGUGGGAGGCGGGGAGGAGCAGGGGCAGGCUGCUGCGCGUGAGCUGCGAUGCCGCCGUCGCGGAGAAGCCCACCGAGGAGGAGGACGCGGCGGAGGAGAAGUUCGAGUACCAGGCUGAGGUGAGCCGCCUAAUGGAUUUGAUCGUCCACAGCCUGUACAGCCACAAGGAAGUAUUUCUUCGGGAGCUUGUAAGUAAUGCGAGUGAUGCAUUGGACAAGCUGCGGUUCCUUGGUGUUACCGAUUCAGCCUUGCUUGCUGAUGGCGGUGACUUGGAAAUAAGGAUUAAAUCGGACCCAGAUGCUGGAACGAUUACUGUCACUGACACUGGCAUUGGGAUGACCAAAGAUGAGCUCAAGGACUGCCUUGGUACAAUUGCUCAGAGUGGCACCUCCAAGUUUUUGAAGGCUCUCAAGGAGAAUAAGGAAGUUGGGUCUGACAAUAGUCUAAUUGGUCAGUUUGGUGUUGGAUUUUAUUCAGCAUUUCUUGUAGCAGAGAAGGUUGUGGUGUCCACUAAAAGCCCCAAAACUGACAAGCAGUUUGUAUGGGAAGCUGAUGCUGACAGUAGCUCUUAUGUCAUCAAGGAAGAGACUGAUCCUGAGAAAUUGAUCACCCGUGGAACUCAGAUCACUCUUUUCUUAAGACCUGAUGAUAAGUAUGAGUUUGCUGACCCUACAAGGAUUCAAGGCUUAGUUAAGAACUACUCCCAGUUUGUGUCAUUCCCCAUAUAUACAUGGCAGGAGAAAUCAAGGACUGUCGAGGUUGAAGAGGAUGAAGAGCCAAAAGAAGGUGAAGAGGCAACUGAGGUUAGUUAUCCUGAAAGAUCUGCUUCUUGUACCCGUAAUUUUAGUAGUGACUUUACUUACUUUUGCAACUGCUACAUCUUCCAUGUACAGGGCGAGAAAGAGAAAAAGAAAAAGACCAUUACUGAGAAAUACUGGGACUGGGAACUGGCUAAUGAAACAAAGCCUAUAUGGAUGAGAAGUCCAAAGGAAAUCGAGAAAACCGAAUACAAUGAAUUUUACAAGAAGACAUUCAAUGAGUUCUUGGAUCCUCUUUCCUACACCCACUUCACGACAGAGGGUGAGGUGGAAUUUAGGAGUGUUAUUUACAUUCCAGGAAUGGCACCGCUUAGUAAUGAGGAGAUAAUGAACCCCAAAACCAAAAAUAUCCGGUUAUAUGUCAAAAGAGUAUUUAUCUCCGAUGACUUUGAUGGUGAACUGUUUCCUCGAUACCUGAGCUUUGUAAAAGGUGUAGUUGAUUCAAAUGACCUUCCCCUCAAUGUUUCCCGGGAGAUUCUUCAAGAAAGCCGAAUUGUAAGAAUUAUGCGCAAGAGACUUGUCAGGAAGACAUUUGAUAUGAUUGAGGAAAUCUCUGAAAAAGAGGACAAAGAGGACUACAAAAAGUUCUGGGAGAGCUUCGGAAAGUUCAUCAAGCUUGGUUGCAUUGAGGACACGGGAAAUCACAAGCGCCUUGCCCCACUCCUACGCUUUCCCACUUCUAAAAAUGAGGAAAAUAUGAUUAGCCUUGAUCAAUAUGUAGAGAGCAUGCCGGAGAAUCAAAAUGCAAUCUAUUACAUUGCUACAGAUAGUCUCCAGAGUGCAAAGACUGCUCCCUUCUUGGAAAAGCUGGUCCAAAAAGACAUUGAGGUACUUUACCUAAUUGAGCCAAUUGAUGAGGUUGCCAUUCAGAACUUACAGACCUACAAAGAGAAGAAGUUUGUUGAUAUAAGCAAAGAGGACCUCGAAUUGGGUGAUGAAGAUGAGGACAGUAAAGAAACUAAGCAGGAAUACACUCUUCUGUGUGACUGGGUAAAACAGCAACUUGGUGACAAGGUGGCAAAGGUUCAAAUAUCAAAGCGUCUUAGCUCUUCACCAUGUGUUCUUGUAUCUGGCAAGUUUGGUUGGUCUGCGAACAUGGAAAGACUUAUGAAGGCACAAACACUUGGUGACACAUCAAGCUUGGAGUUCAUGAGGGGAAGAAGGAUUUUCGAAAUUAACCCAGACCACCCAAUUGUCAAGGACUUGAAUGCUGCUUGCAAAAAUGAACCUGAGAGUACAGAAGCGAAGAGGGCUGUUGAGCUAUUGUAUGAGACUGCUCUGAUUUCCAGUGGAUAUACUCCUGAAAGCCCUGCUGAGUUGGGUGGCAAAAUAUAUGAGAUGAUGUCAAUUGCCCUUGGCGGGCGAUGGGGGAGGUCUGACACUGAAGCUGAAGUAACCAACACAGAGUCGGACUCAUCUGAAGGCACGGUGACGGAGGUCAUUGAGCCUUCUGAAGUGAGGCCUGAGAGUGACCCGUGGAGAGAUUGAUGUGUGAGUUCUCUCAGGUAUCCUUGUUAGAACUUCAAUUUAGUUGUUCCGGGGUAAAAUCAUAGGUUAGAGAACAUGGUUUGGCCAUAAAUCAUUACAGGGUUCCUGUUGCUGCCCAGCAUUUUUGUAGCUGUAGACUCACUGGCCACUGCCAUAUUGGAGGGGGUGGUCUUAUGAAUAAAAAAAUAUAAUAUGAUUGCCGGUGCCUCAAAAUCA